UCAAACCAAACCAUAAAAACAUCUCUCAACUUAGAUCUGAUCUUUUCUAAACAAUCGAACGUGCGCAAAAAACAAAAUGGCUAUGAGGUUCUCAUCAUCGCUCACCAACCUCGUGCUUCUCUUUGCAGCUACGUUGCUUUUGGUCCAGGCAAGUGCUCGCAAUUUGCAAGAAUCUCAGACUCCUCUGCCUCUCCAUGGAGCCACUGCUCCAACCAAAGCUGAGUCUCCUACCGUCAAUGCACCUCUCGAAGACCGUAAGAAUUUCAUAGUCGGUGGUGCGGCCGGAAUAGGUGGAUUCAUGGGGAUGCCAGGUGGUGGAAGUAGUGGGACCGGUUUGACAUUGCCACUCCCGACCGGUACGCCGCCGCUUCUUGGUGGGUCCUUUGGUGGUUUGGGCGGUGCAAUGGGCUUUCCUGGUGGUGAAGCUAAUGGAGGUGGCUCUGUUCCAAGAUCGGGAAGUGGUUUGGUGUCUCCGUGAGAAAGAGAAAUAAGAUGAUUUGGUCUCUAGCUUUUAAUAAGGCGUGUGUUUUUGUUUCUUUUAUGUGUUUUUAGUUUCGAUCAUCAUCGUUCUUGUUGUAUGUUUCUUCUGUGUGUUCUCGUCUUUGGUUGGUUUUCUCAUCAUCGGUUUAUGAUGGUUUAAUGUUGUGUGUUUCCUUGCUUAUUAUCUUUAAUAAUUUCUGGUUUUUAGUUAAA